AUGUCGAGAUUAGCAGCAGUCAUAUUCGCGGUGGCGAUCGCGUCCUCGUCGGUAGCGGCUGAACGGCCCGAAGCCCGCAAAAUCGAUACCGGCCUCGGAGAUUUCAAAGUGGUUUUCAAAGUUUUUCAGGACUGUUCAAAGGCGCAAUUCGGACCGUGUCUCAAGCACAAGUUACUGACGGCCCUCGACCGGAUCAGCGAGCAACCGGAAAUGGAAUUGUUCGAUGGCGUCCGAUUAGUCAAAGACCCGGCUGUUGCUCUAAACGACGUCGCCCAUGACAUAUCCUCUGCCAGGUCUGCCGGUGAUGACGAAACGGCCAUCCUGGACACGCUGGUUGUUGACAGAGUGGUGAACUUUUUCAAAAGUCGCAGCCUCCAGUUCAAACUUCUCGACAACGAACCCAGAGAAAUGGCCGAUGGUCGCAAAAAGAGCAACAAGUACAACUCGAUGCUCAUGUACCCGUUCAUGAUGGGGGGCAUGACCAUUCCGCUGGCGUUCGGCGUGCUCGCCCUGUUGGCCGGCAAGGCUCUGAUCAUCGCUAAGCUGGCGCUGGCCCUGUCCGCCAUCGUGGGUCUGAAAAAGCUGUUCGGCGACCAGGGGGGCAGCAGCCACGAGCACAUCACGUACGGUGGAAGCGGUGGCCACUACCGCAGGAGCCUGCCCGGCGAACCGGUGGCAGCGUCCAACAUGGCGUACAGCUCUUACAUGCCCGUCUACGAGGAGCCCAUCCGGAGCACCACGUCGAACGCGAUCCCCAUGAGAUGA